AUGCGGGUACAGUCGUCGAUUCUGGCGAGCCAGCCAUAUUUGAUCCGUAAGCCUAUCAACUCUUGCUUUUCGGGCCGACUUCCUCCGAAUGACGCUAACUACCGCACACUACUCCCCACCUCACCGCAGAUCGAGCUACUACGGUCACAACGAAGCCGAGUGAGUCGCUGUGAUGCAAACGUGGGAACUGCUUUUGCCGGAACUGACGUUUGGGCGGGAUACAGACUCGGAAUCAUGAACAUGUUUGGAGGCUUCACACAGGACUUCUUUGACGCCUAUCACGAGGUCAUUCCCCGAACAGAGCCGUACUACAACGAAAGGCUGCGACUCUACGAGCUCUACCACCACCUGAACCAUUUGCUCAUGUUCAGAGGAGGCUACAGAUCCGGAGCGAUCUCGAUCAUGCGUUCGCUGAUCCGAUUCUGCGACAAGGUCGACGCUGAAAAGUGA